CGCGUGUCGAGAAAAGUUGACCACGUGUCCGACACGACACGGAAGGUUCCCGAGCGCGUCCGUGCUUCAUAGCCUGCUACAAUCCCCUCCUCAAACAAUGACCCUUCAAGAAGCAAUAGCAGCUGAUAAUGUUGAUACGCUAUACAGCUUAAUUGAGAGGAACAAAAAUCUCUUAGAUGAUGCAGACCCCUUCACAAAUACUCCACUACACAAUGCCGCAGAGAAGGGGAAAACUAAAGUGGCCAUGGAGAUAGCUACCUUGAAGCCGUCGUUCACUCGAAAGCUGAAUUGCAGGGGUUAUAGCCCCAUGCACUUGGCUUUGCUAAAUAAGCAUUAUCACACUGCGAGGGCACUGAUGACCCUCAACCCUGAAGUGAUCCGAGUCCGAGGACGAGAAGGGUACACCCCUUUACAUUUUGUAGCUGGGGAAAAAAUGCAGGAUCAAGAGGAGCUCCAGGAACUCCUGGCAGAAAUCCUGUCUACUUGCGAAUCGUCCAUUGAAGACUUGACGAACCAGUGUGAGACUGCAGUUCACGUUGCUGUCAAGAAGGGCAACACCAAAGCACUUGAGAUUUUGCUUGGAUGGCUUAAGCGAGUUCAUCUAAAAAGAAUCUUGAACUGGAAAGACCAAAAUGGUAAUACUGUCUUACAUAUUGCUGUAUCCGGACAGCAGCAACUUCAGGCCGGACAGCAGCAACUUCCUGCGGCUGUAUCCGAACAGCAGCAACUUCCUGUGGCUGUAUCCGAAGAGCAGCAACUUGAGAUCAUCAAUCUACUGAUUGGGUAUACGAACGUUCAUGCAAAGAACUUACAGCACAAGACAGCUCUGCAAAUUUGCCAAGAGAAUUCUGAUUGCAAUCAAGAUGUUGAGAAAAGGUUAAGCCGUGAAGAACAUCAAACAAGAGAUUAUACUCCUACUCUCUCAUUAUCACAGUAUUUUAGCAUGAAACUAACUGUGCUCGAGAGGUGUGCAGGGUAUUUUGGCACCAAAAACGAAAAAGUUUGCAAAAUAGUCCUUAUAGUGUCUACCUUGAUUUUGACUGCCACUUACCAAUCCGCUUUCACUCCUCCGGGAGGAUAUUGGCAGGAUUCCUCUUCAAAUAACCCAGCCAAUUCCACUGUCGUUACCCCUAAUUCCACUGUCGUUACCACCAAUUCCAGCAGCAUUGUUACUGGAAAACCACAUCAAGCCGGAAAUCUUAUCUUGAGUGGCGUUGGUCUAUGGUGGUUUACUAUCCUCAACAGCUUAGUUUUUACCGCCUCCAUCGGCACGGUUUGGGCCACCGCGAUUAAAUUCUUCCCCGACACUUUAAUGGUUUACAUUUCUUUAGUGCUUCUCGGCUUUACCUACUUUGUUUUUAUUACAAUGGAAAUACCAAAUUCCGAUAACCUCAUAACAGGGAUCCUAUUUGGAUUUUAUGUGUGCUCGUUACUCACCAUGUUGCUCCUCCCCCUUUAUGUGUGGUGGAAGCACUACCGAGUUCUAUCCAGAAUCGAUGCCAGAAGGGGAUGCGUCGGCAGCUUGCGAGGAUCGAAGGAUCAGAAAUAGUUCGCAAGUAUUAUCUACUUUAACUAUUCCUGUCGCAAGUGAGGUUUGCAAAAUAUACUCUUUUUAUUAGUUGCAUGUAAUGUACUCAUCUUUUAAUUCCUUAAUGCCAAUAGACCUUUAAUCUUUGCUUGAA